AUGUUAAGUGCGAGGACUAAACGUCGACAUGCUUGCAAAAAGGAUACGUGGCUAAGACGGACUUUUGAGAUUCUGUGUAUUUUUGUGCAUUCCUGCAAUUCGCUUUCAUCGCUGGGCUAUCCCACACCGCAGCAGGAGCAUGACCUCAUUAUACUGGAUGCUCUGUCAAGGCGCAGUGGACCUGGUUAUUAUGGAGAAAACUCUGUUAUGGAAAUGCUGGCGAGAAUGAUUCCACAAACUUGUCGUUAUCGUGGCCAGAAAUUCGAGUGUGGCCUUUCGAUAUCAUGUGUACUGGGCGGUGGCAAACCUUUGGAUUUAUGCUCCGGUGGCAUGAUCUGGUCCUGUUGUGUGGACAAGGAUAACACUGAGGAGGAGACCAGCAAUGCAGGGCAAGUCAAUAAUACCAGUGACAUCAUACACUUAUACGAUAUAUACCCGGAUCUGGCGAAUCACAACAAACAUCAAGGCAACAAUGUGGGAGGCAGCAGCCACGCCUAUGUGACAUCUCUGAAACGUCCCAGUCACAGCAAUAUGAUCAACUCGCACAGUACCUCGACCAGUCAUUCGUCCUUAUCGAAUGGCUUGGCGAAUGUUUAUCCAACGGUUGUGAAUAAUCACCCAUAUCCCAUAUCUUCAUCGUCAGCUGCACACUACACUACCAAUAGACCACAUUUACACUCACACCCACCCUACAAACCGAUAACGACCAGACCCUCAGGAGCCAGCACUGGAUUCGCCGGUCCACUGGGAUCAUGGGAUCAUGAUACGAAUCAUCUUGGUGGUCAUGCCGGGGGCAGUCACACAGGUAUUACAAAUCACCUGGAUAGCUUCUUUGAUGUACCUGCCGAGCCCCAAGUGCAGAGGCCUGCAGGUAGUUUGGACAGCAGCUUGCAUUCCCUGGGACCACCAAACGAAUCUUCAUUUGCCGUGGGCAAUGUAUUGGACUUGAAUACUGGCGAAGAGGGCCAAGACUACAAUGGCGGUCCAUCGCAUACAUCUGGAUCAUAUCGUCCUGUGCCGGGUUGCGGCGAAGUUUUCUCGCGUUCCAAUCGUAUUGUGGGUGGCCAUUCCACUGGCUUUGGCUCUCAUCCCUGGCAGGUGGCUCUGAUUAAGAGCGGUUUCUUGUCCCGCAAGCUAAGCUGUGGAGGCGCACUUAUCUCCAAUCGAUGGGUCGUCACUGCUGCCCAUUGUGUGGCCACCACACCAAAUUCGAAUAUGAAAAUCCGUCUGGGAGAAUGGGAUGUGCGAGGCCAGGAGGAGCGUCUCAAUCACGAAGAAUUUGGAAUAGAACGCAAGGAGGUGCAUCCAAAUUACAAUCCGGCUGACUUUAAAAAUGAUUUGGCCCUCAUUAGAUUGGAUCGAAAUGUGGUGUACAAACAACACAUCAUACCUGUGUGUUUGCCACCGCCAGCAUCGAAGCUGGUGGGCAAAAUGGCCACCGUUGCCGGCUGGGGCAGAACCAGGCAUGGGCAGAGUACAGUGCCCUCAGUGCUACAGGAAGUUGAUGUCGAGGUGCUUUCCAACGAUCGCUGUCAGCGUUGGUUCCGCGCCGCAGGAAGAAGGGAGGCCAUCCACGAUGUAUUUCUAUGUGCCGGCUACAAGGAGGGUGGUCGCGACUCGUGUCAAGGUGAUUCGGGAGGUCCUCUAACGCUAACCCUGGAUGGGCGCAAAACCCUCAUUGGCCUUGUGUCCUGGGGCAUUGGCUGUGGUCGGGAACAUUUGCCCGGAGUUUACACCAACAUUCAAAAGUUCGUACCUUGGAUCAACAAAGUGAUGUUCAACGACAAUGCGUAGCCUGUGGCCCAGCAGCCAUAGCAGAUCCCCAUCCCUCCCAUCUAUUUCGAGCGUCGUACAUCUUGCGAUGGUCCAUGUCAACAACUCGGGGUUGUUAGCACUUAAGUCAUCAGUGUUUAAGUCUUCUAGGCAUCUGACCUGUUUUCCCACUUGUCAUU